CAGUUGUUGGGAUUAAAGUCGCAGGUGACAGACGGAAGGAGAGAUCAGUCCCAGUCGGUCCCAGUUGGUCCCAGUCGGUAGGAGUCGCUCACUGGGCUCUUUUAGCAUAAGGAGCCCCCCAGCCCUCCCCUCUCUCCCCUGACUGAUUGGCGGGGGCAGAUGGAGUGUGGGGGCCGGACCCAGCAGGACACAGCUCAGCCACAUCUGGUGCCGGACCCGAGUGAACUUGUGGGCUGAGCCCUUCCCUCCGCUGCCCCAGACAAGAGCAAAUACUAUGGGACGAGAUGAUGUCUAGGAAGGGAAUGAUCCUCAAGGAAUUUCUUCUGACGACUCGUCUGGCCGAGGACAUCACUGAGCCCAAGUUGCAAGCCCAGGAGAGACGGUCUCGCUUUGUGGCCAAGAAUGGCACGUGCAAUGUGGCCCAUACAAACAUCAGGGAGCAGGGGCGCUUUCUCAUGGACGUGUUCACUACUGUGGUGGACCUCAAGUGGCCCUACACCUUCCUCACCGUCACCAUGUCCUACCUCUGCACUUGGCUGCUCUUUGGAAUGAUCUGGUGGCUCAUCGCGUUUGCCCACGGGGACCUGGACAUCAACGAGGAGACCUUCGUGCCCUGUGUGACCAGUGUCCAGUCAUUCACUGCAGCCUUCUUGUUCUCCAUUGAGGUGCAGGUCACCAUUGGCUUUGGGGGUCGGAUGGUCACAGAAGAGUGCCCCUCUGCCAUCCUGGUGCUCAUCAUCCAGAACAUCGUUGGCUUGGUCAUCAACGCCAUCAUGCUGGGCUGUAUCUUCAUGAAGACAGCCCAAGCCCACCGCAGAGCCGAGACCCUCAUCUUCAGCAAACACGCGGUCAUUGCCCUGAGGAAUGGAAAGCUCUGCUUUAUGUUCAGGGUCGGCGACCUCAGGAAGAGUAUGAUCAUCAAUGCAACUAUCCACAUGCAGGUGGUGAGGAAGUCCAGCAGCCAAGAAGGUGAAGUUCUACCUCUCAACCAGAUUGAUAUCCAGAUGGAGAACCCAAUCAGCACCAACGGGAUCUUCCUGGUGUCCCCCCUGAUCAUCUGUCACACCAUCACCAAAGACAGUCCCCUGUAUGAUGUGUCCCCCAACACCCUCACCCACCACCAAGACUUGGAGAUCAUUGUCAUCCUGGAGGGGGUCGUGGAGACCACAGGUAUAACCACCCAAGCCAGGACUUCUUACCUGGCGGAUGAGAUUCACUGGGGGCAGAGGUUUGUUCCUGUAGUGGCAGAGGAGGAUGGAAGAUAUUGUGUCGAUUACUCGAAAUUUGGGAACACGGUCAAUGCCCCGACCCCCCACUGCACCCCCAGAGAAAUGGAGGAGAACCACAGCGCCCAGGACAACAUCUGCUUCUCCCCCAGGGGCACAGUCAGAAGGAGGAACAAGUCUAUGAGGGUAAAACCAAAGUUCACUCUGUUUGAAGAAACUUCCUGACCCCCCAGGGGGAUUUAUUCACAGACUUGGACCCCCAAUGUUCAGGGACAGGCGAUGCUUUAUAUACAAGUGGGACUGGAUCAGGUAUUUCAUAUAAUGACUUGUACUUACCCUUUAUUUACGUUUAUAAUCUCAGCCGCUUUGUUGCCCUUCAAAUUCCAUGUUGAACAACUUCCCCUUUAUUCUGCAAUCAGUGAUGACAGUUUUGCACCUACUGGGGAAUUUGCCUCCUAGAGACCCUGUGCUAUUUACAGCCCCAACUGUCAGCUCCUAGGAGACACAUUGUCCCCACUGCUCUGUUUAACCCCUGGGAGACCUGCAGCUCUACUGCUCUAUUUAACCCCUGGGAGUCCUACAGCUCUACUGCUCUAUUUAACCCCUGGGAGACCUGCAGCUCUACUGCUCUAUUUAACCCCUGCGAGACCUGCAGCUCUACUGUGCUGUUUAACCCCUGGGAGACCUGCAGCUCUACUGCUGUGUUUAACCCCUGGGAGACCUGCAGCUCUACUGCUGUUUUUAACCCCGGGAGACCUGCAGCUCUACUGCUCUAUUUAACCCCUGGGAGACCUGCAGCUCUACUGCGCUGUUUAACCCCUGAGAGACCUGCAGCUCUACUGCUGUGUUUAACCCCUGGGAGACCUGCAGCUCUACUGUGCUGUUUAACCUCUAGGAGACCUGCAGCUCUACUGCUCUAUUUAACUCCUGGGAGACCUGUAGCUCUACUGUGCUGAUUAACUCCUGGGAGACCUGCAGCUCUACUGCUCUAUUUAACCCCUGGGAGACCUGCAGCUCUACUGCUGUGCUUAACCCAUGGUAGACCUGUAGCUCUACUGCUCUAUUUAACCCCUGGGAGACCUGCAGCUCUACUGCGCUGUUUAACCCCUG